GGAGAGAGAGCCGAGCCGGUCUCACGGACACUGAGCCGGCAGCCGGUGGGGAUGGGAGAUGAUGGAGGACAAAGGCCCUCGUGUAGCCGACUACUUUGUGGUGGCCGGUCUGACGGACCCGUCCACGCCGCUGGACCAGGAGAUCCACUUUGACGACGUCUGCCACAAGACCGCCAAGCCCAAGGCGCCCAUCACCGAUGUGGCGGUGCUGAUCCGCUCCAUGGGCGAGGAGGCGCCGCCGGGGUUCACCUGCGUGGAGGAGACGCCCAGCGGCCACUCGGCCGAUCUCAACAACGGCGGCCUCAUGGCGCCCCAGAUCUUCCUGUGCUACAGGCGAGGUCGAGACAAGCCGCCACUCACUGACCUGGGCGUCCUGUACGAGUGGAAGGAGCGUCUGAUGCAGGGCUGCCAGCUCAUCCAGACCACGCCCUCCGGACGGCCGGCCAACAUCAGCGGAAACUCGUCCCAGCGCAUCUACGUCACCUACCGCCGGGCGCCCGAGAGCCAGCCCCACUCCGCCCUGGCCGUCACCGACAUCUGCAUCAUCAUCCCGAGCAAAGGGGAGACGCCGCCGCACACCUUCUGCAAGGUGGAGAAGAAUCUCAACAGCAGCAUGUGGGGCUCCUCGGUCUACUUGUGUUACAAGAAGUCUGUGGCCAAAACCAACAUGAUAGCCUACAAAGCAGGUUUAUUCAGCAGAUAUCCAGAGGAGGACUACGAGUCUUUCCCUCUGCCGGAGUCGGUCCCUCUCUUCUGCCUUCCCAUGGGGGCCACCAUCGAGUGCUGGCCCGCCACCACCAAAUACUCCCUGCCUGUGUUCUCCACCUUCGUCCUCACCGGAGCCUCCGGAGAAAAGGUCUACGGUGCUGCCAUUCAGUUCUACGAGCCCUUCCCACCGGAGUGUCUGACUGACCAGCAGCGCGACCAGCUGGGUCUCCUGAGCCCGGAUCCACAAAAACCCUCCUCCACCUCAUCCUCCUCUUCCUCAUCCUUAUCAUCCUCCUCUUCCUCCACCCGUACGGGGACGACCACCAGCAGCUCCACCAACACCUCCGCCACCAUCCCACGCUCGGUCCACACCAACAAGUGCAUCUGUCUGCUCUCCCACUGGCCCUUCUUUGACGCCUUCCGCAAGUUCCUCACAUUCCUGUAUCGCUACUCCAUCUCCGGCCCUCACACCCUGCCCAUCGAGAAGCACAUUUCUCACUUUAUGCAUAAAGUUCCGUUCCCUUCCUCUCAGAGGCCUCGCAUCCUGGUGCAGCUUUCUCCUCAUGACAGCCUGAUGCUGAGCCAGCCGGUGUCGUCUCCUCUACCGCUCAGUGGUGGUCGAUUCUCCACGCUGCUGCAGAACCUCGGACCGGAGAACGCCGUCACCUUGCUGGUGUUUGCCGUCACCGAGCACAAGAUCCUGGUCCACUCGUUACGACCCGCCGUGCUGACCAGCGUCACCGAAGCGCUGGUGUCUAUGAUCUUCCCGUUCCACUGGCCGUGUCCGUACAUCCCUCUGUGCCCCCUGGCGUUGGCGGACGUAUUAAGCGCCCCCUGUCCGUUCAUUGUGGGAGUGGACUCCCGCUACUUUGACCUUUACGACCCGCCACCGGACGUGAGCUGCGUGGACCUCGACACCAACACCAUCUUCCACAAUGACGAUAAGCGAGCCCUCACGUGGAAGAUCCUGCCAAAGAAAGCCUGUAAAAACCUGAUGAAUGUGCUGAGUAAUCUCUACCAGCAGCUGGUCGACGGUCAGCAGCGUCCCGAUGGGCUUCUGGAGCUCAGCAUGAGUUACUCGUCGGAGCUGAGCUGUGGGAAAAGCCUCCACACGCUGGAGCUGGAGAUCCAGGAGGCCUUCCUGCGCUUCAUGGCGGCCAUCUUGAAAGGCUACCGCUCCUUCCUCCGCCCCAUCACCCAGGCGCCCUCGGAGAAGGCCACAGACGCCAGCUCGCUCUUUGACCUGCAAGGGUUCUUGAAGAGCCGCGACCGCUCCCACCAGAAGUUCUACUCGCUGAUGACCAAAACCCAGAUGUUCAUCCGCUUCAUUGAGGAGUGCUCCUUCGUCAGCGACAAAGACGCCAGCCUGGCCUUCUUCGACGACUGUGUGGACAAACUUUACAAUUCCGAGAGGAGUGCAGACAAAGGAGGAAAGGUGGACAGCGAGCGGCCGGAGGAGAGCCGGCUGAUAGAGACCGAUGAGUCUCAGCGCAGUGAACACACCGUCUUCAUCACGCCGCCAGAGCUGCCUCCUCUUCCCGAGGGGGAGGAGUAUCCGCUCUGCUACAGGUACGAUGGUUUCCCGGUGUUGAGUCUGGACCUGUUUGACCCCGUUGAGGGCCUGAGGACCCCGUCCUCCAGACUCGCCGCCAGGCAGAGCUGUCCCACCAGCCCGGCCCCCAUGUUCAGACGCACCAAGCAGGAGAUCAAGUCAGCCCAGAAGAUCGCCAAGAAGUACUCGUCGGUCCCCCAGCUGUGGUCCAAGUGCCUCCUCCGUCACUGCUACGGCCUGUGGUUCAUCUGUCUGCCAGCGUACGUGAAGGUUUGCCACUCAAAGGUCCGGGCGCUCCGCACGGCGUACGACGUCCUCAGGAAGAUGCAGGCGAAGAAGCUGCAGCCACCUGACGAGGUCUGCUACCGAGUCCUGAUGCAGCUGUGUGGUCAGUACGGCCAACCCGUCCUGGCAGUCAGAGUCCUCUUUGAGAUGAAGAAGGCCGGAGUUCAUCCAAACGCCAUCACCUACGGCUACUACAACAAGGCGGUGUUGGAGAGCACGUGGCCGUCCAGCACCAGAGGAGGAUACUUCCUGUGGAUGAAGCUGAGGAACGUGGUUCUCGGCGUGGCUCAGUUCAAGCAGGCGCUACGACGACACGCUCCGUUUACCCAGAGUCCUCUGUCAGAUGGCAGCGACGUGGACAGCCUGGAGAUCUGUGCCGACACUAACCUGGGCCCCUUCAACACCGAGUCCGCCCGAGUAGACCCCACUGACGAUAGAUCUAGCACAGGGGACCAAUCAGAUUUGGGCUAUAACUCGCUGUCCAAAGAGGAGGUUCGGAGAGGAGACCCCGGUGCUCCGGACGCCGCCGCCGCCUCCGACAAAGACGACAAGAAGGAGAGCGACUGCAGCUCCCUGUCGGAGACGGAGAGCACCAAGGGGAGUAAAGACUUCCUCCCUCAGCUGGACGUGGAGCUUCACUCCUCCUUCAAACCUCGUGGCAUCGUACGCAGCAGCUGUCCGUACGACGAUCCAUCCUGCAAACCCAAGAGCUCCGUCAGCGCAGGCCAUGUAGCAGGUCUGCUCUUCACCUCCUCCCUGGAUGAGAUCGGUGAGGUCCACGCCCACAGUCUGCUCAGGAGACACCAUAGUGCUCUGGAGGAGGUGGUGGGCAGCGCCGGCAGCGGCUCGAGGGCCCGGCGGCUGAGCGGGGACACGGUGGGCAGCAGCGGAAGCGGCGGCACCACCACCGUCCUCGGCCUCGGCAUGAGCCAGGGAGAGACCGACCCUGAUAAGAUCGCAGGACACCUCGGGGCAGAUGUGAAGAUCCUCUCCGGAGCCAACUUCAGUAAGAGUACGAGGCCUCGCUCUCUGGCUCUGAGCGGGAUGGACCACAGGGAGGAGGACGAGGAGGGACAGGACUCCAGUGACGAGGACAGAACCAACACAGAGGCCAUUUUUGAUCUGGAGGAUCUGGAUUUAGACAAACCCCCGACGGGGACCAGCAUCAGGUCCAACAAACCCAACAGAUCUCGUAAGAAGCCUGUGGAGCGCAGCGUCAGCUACGGCGGCGUGAGCGCCCCCAAGCGCACGGACAUCCAGGCGGGCUACGACCCGCUGUCCCUGCUGGCGGCCGAGUCUCAGACGGACCGGCCGGAUGAGGACCGGUACCCGGAGGAGGACGAGGCCGGCACGCCGAGCGCCCGCAGGCACCUGGCCCGGGAGAUCGAGCUCUACAUGAACCACAUGGGCAGCCCGCUGAGCAGCCGCACGCCCAGUCUGGACCUGCAGGACCUGACCAGCCCGCUCCUCCUCCACCCGUCCUCGCUCUGCCCCCGUAGAGCCAGCCUCCCCCACGGCUCCCUCAGGGCCGCCGGGGUGACACGCUCCCGCACCUUCCACCCGCCCUCGCCCUCCCGGCCCGUCUCACGCCAGCGUCUGCUGUCGUCGCCGUCCAUCCGCAGCUCCAGCACCACGCCCAGCGCCAGCCCUCGGCCCAGCCCCUGCAGGGACCGGGCGGACCGGGGGAGUCUGGCCUCACCCUCCUCCUCCUCCUUCGCUCUGGACACGCUGAUCACACCGACACUGGACGUGUUCAAAACCAGCAUGGUGUCUGCUGGGAAGGGCGUGGCAGAGAAGGCGAGCCGCUGGUACUCCCGUCUCGCCACAUACACCACGCCCACCAAGGACGGCCACAGCGACCGUCUCAGCGUCUCCUCCCUCGGCAUCGGAGAUCCAGACUGCUCCUCCCUGCUGGACGAGGAGGACUGCGGGGAGUCUGAAGGGUCUGUGAUCUCCCCUCAGAGGAACGGCCCCGCUGGGCCCCGCAGGAGCCCCAGACGGAGCCCCCUACGCAGCAGACUGGACAGCCCCUCUGCAGGCUCCAGCAUCGGGAGACCCACAUCUCUGAUCCCUGGAUGCGUCCUCUCUCCUCCCGGCUUCCCUCUGCCGGACAAGUCUGACCUCGGCUCUUCACGCUACACCAGCAACACCAGCAUCUUCAACAACUACGCCAUGGAGCUGCUGAUCUCCAGCUGUUCUCGCUGUAAGACGUGCGACUGUCUGGUGUACGACGAGGAGAUCAUGGCCGGCUGGACGGCGGACGACUCCAACCUGAACACCACCUGUCCGUUCUGUGGGAACCCCUUCCUGCCCUUCCUCAACGUGGAGAUCAGGGACAUGAGAGGACCCGGCAGGCUUUUCCUGAAGGGCAGCCCGUCGGUGGACGAGGCCAUGACCUCGUCGUACUCGGCCUCCACCGGUCUGGACACGGGGACGUCCACCUUGUCCACGCCGUGUCCGACCACGUGUCCCACCACGGCCGUGUUCCCUCCCUCCCCUGUGAUGGCUGACCAGGAGUGCUCUGGGAGUGGAAGGACUCGUCCGUCCAGAGCUCAGGGGAUCAGCAUCCCGUCUCCGACCCCCGGACCGCCGAUGGCUCGCAGCGUCAGCGCCUUCGGUCCUCUGGAUGAAGCGUCUCUUCUCAACCGCUGCGUGCCGACGUCAGGCAGCCUGCCCAGCCGUCUGAACGAGACCACGGACCCGCUGAACAUGGAGUGGCGUCUCCACAACCCGGAGCCGGUGACGGUGCCCUACCUGAGCCCGCUGGUGCUGUGGAAGGAGCUGGAGAGUCUGCUGGAGAACGAGGGCGACCCGGUGAUCACGGAGGCCGACGUGGUGGACCAUCAUCCCAUCAUCUACUGGAACCUGGUCUGGUACUUCAGACGGCUGGACCUGCCCAGCAACCUGCCCGGUCUCAUGCUCACCUCGGACCACUGCAACCGGGACUCCCAGGUCCCCCGUCACUGGAUGUCAGAGGACAGUAAACACGUGUUGAUCCAGAUCUUGUGGGACAACCUGAAGCUUCACCAGGACUCCGUCCAGCCGCUCUACAUCCUCUGGAACACUUUCAAUGUGGGUUACCCUCUGUCCCGGCUGGUCCCGGAGGAGGAGAAGCCGUUCAGUGAGGAUCUGCUGCAGAGCGUCGUGAAGAGCAUCCAGAGGAACGACGUCGGCCGGCCGAUGGCUCAGCUGCUGCAGCUGCUGGGUCAGACGCUCGGGGUCAAAAGGCAAAGGAGUUUGUACAGAGACGUCCUCUUCCUCUCUCUGGUGGCUCUGGGAAAAGACAACAUUGAUAUCGACGCCUUCGAUCGAGAGUACAAGUUGGCGUACGACCGUCUGGUGCCGAGUCUGGUGAAGCUGACCCACAACUGUGACCGACCUCCCAGCACCGGGGUCAUGGAGUGCCGCAGGACGUUUGGAGAGCCUUACCUGUAAACACACACACACACACACACACACACACACACACACACACACACACACACACACGUCAUCGCUUUGAGACGAGCUCAGGAAACCUGUCGCAGGACUGUGAAUGUUUUUUGGAGAAGCUGACGGCGUUUUGAUGGAAACACGACUCACGGUUCAUAAACACCACUUCAUCCUGUGAAAACUGUAAAUACACAGAAGAAGAAGAGGACUUUUUCUUUUUUUUUAAUGCAACAUUUAUAAAGCAUAUGAAGUCUAUUAUUAGCAAUAUUUUAACUUGAACUCUAUUUAUACAAAAUAAGCUUUAUUUAUUGUCUGUUUGUCGGUGUUUAGGAGUCGUAGCUUUGUUGUCUCACAGUUUAAAACAGAGCGACCUGAACACCAGAACGGAUUUAGUGUCUGAUGUAAAUUACGUUUUCUGUGUUUUAUGAGUCAAAGCAUCAAAGCAACAAAGAAAGAAAUGUUUAAUUAGAGCUGCAGUGAUCAAUAAGUCUGUAGAAAUGACUUGAAGGUUUGGUCGGUCAAAGACUUCACUCUGAGAAAUCCUGAAUAACAUUUUAAAUCGAGAAUUGACUAAAUGAACGUCAAAAGUAUUUGUUAAUUCAGCUCAUUUAAAUGUUUAAAGCACCACUUUAAUGUUCGUCCAGUAUCUGAAGAUAAAUGUUUGCUGUGCUGAAACAAACGCUCACAUUCGAGCUCUACAUCUCAUUUACAUGUUACCUUUAGUUUGUUUACUAAACAGGUUUUUUGUGGAGCUCGGAGCUACGGAAGCCUGGAGAGGGAAGUUUAUAAAAGUCAAAGUCUGAUCCAGAUUGUUUUUCUCUCAUAAGAACAAGUUAAAAAAUAUAUAAUUUACUAAGUUUUGUUAGUUUAGUUUCAUUUUUAAAACUGUAAAAAAAGGUGUUUGUUGUUGUUAAAGUCAUUUUCGACCAUAAGAGGCUGAAGAGCAUCACCACUCCGUUAUUAUGAAUCGUCUGAUUAUUAUUUUUUUUUUAAUGAAAUAUCACAAUUUUAAGCUUUCUUUCGGUUUGAGUUUUCUGAUGGAAGCAUUUCUCACAUGAUGUGUUCAAGGACCUAAGGAAAGAUUAAAUUAUCUGACAUUUAUGACAGUUAUUUCAGCUUCUGGCUGUGAUAAACGGUGUUGUUUUGGUGACUGUUUAAGGAAAACGUGCUCAUUUCAGCCUCUUGUGGCUGAAAUGAGCAUUACAACAACAAACACUAAUGAAUUUCAAAAGAUUGUUUUUUUCUCACAUAAACACAGGAGAGAAAAUGAUUAAUAUCAGAGGUAUAAACGGAUCACCAGUUUUUAUUCUCACUCAGAGCUUCCGUACUGAGUUUCUCAUCAUCAGAAACAUCAGAAACGCUGAUUCAUCGUCUUCCUACUAAACCGACUGUUUGAAUGAAGCUUUAAAUCCAAGUUCAGAGUUUAUGUUUGUAGAGAAGCCACUACAGAGAGGACGGUUUGUCCUAAAUAUACAGAAGCUGCUUUCAUAAACGUAGAAAACCACGGUCACGUUUCUGAUAUUUGUAGACGCUCACGUUGAAGCUUUGGGAAAUGUUUUAAACCCUCUAACUUGUUUCAUGUUUUCUCCACCGUUUCACAGCAAAAUAAUAAAGAUGCGAGUUAGAGCCUCAGCGAACAAAGUUUCUAGAUCAAAUUUAUUUUAUAAAACUUUAACAAAACACAAUGAUUUUGCAUGGAAGAUUAAAGAAUCAACGCAGAGUCACUGAAAUCUAUAAAAGAGUUCAUAUCUGUGUUAAAAUGUGUGUUUAUUAAAAAGUACGGAAAGUAAAUCAGGACUUGAAACAAAAGGCACAUAGAUUUAUUAAUGUGUAACUUUAUAUUUGUGUUAAAAAACAUCUCUGUUCACAUUUGCACAUUUAAACAAAAAAAGGUUCUGAUUUAUUUCCCGUUAAUGUGAAUCCUCUUCGUCUGAAAAUGAAAAGUUUUGAAGAGAUUCUGGAUCAAACUGGACUCGAGCAGGAGAAGAACACAGGCGUGUUACUGUUUUCAUGUUUACGAUAAUCAAAGUGAAGACGGUGAAGGUUGAAGGUUGAAGGAGGACCUUCUGAACUCACGGAGGUCUCAUGAAAAUCAACCGCCGGUCGUCUGUGGAUGAAGUUGUACAGAGGGAAUGAUUGAUCAGAAUCCAGGAGCUUCAUGUACAUUUGUAGAAUUCACAUUUUAUAACCGAUGUGCAGAAGGUCCUUUAUGAGACGUGGUGACGGUUCUGAGCAGAGACCGGAUCCACGACGGCUUCACUGUAAAUAAAAUCACUUAAAC